GCGCGGUCCACAGUUGCACAAUUACGAAGCCGAUCAAAAGCGUACGGAGUUUCCAGGAGGGCGGUCGUGUUACAAUCAUAAAGAAAGAAAGAAAGAGAGAGAGAAAGAAAGAGAGAGAAAGAGAGAGAGAGAGAACCUUUCUUCCCCCACGGUUAAUAUAAAAAUUUCUCGAUACGUACGGGUCCUGGAUUUCAACGCGCAUCACAAGAGAAACGUUAUUCAUUGUAUAGAAUAAUGGCGCGCCGUGUGAUUUGACAGUGCAGGAACACUUGAAUGGGAAAAGUGCCUCGAUAUUUUGUGAAAAUAUCCGGAUUUUGAAUAGUGGAGAGAGAUAGAAGAAAUUAAUUCUUUACGAUACGAAAAAGGACUGACGAAAAGGACGAAAAGGACGAAAACGAAGACGAAGACGACGGAGUGCGAGAGAGAAAAAGAGAAAGAGAGAAAAAGAAAAUAGAAAAAGAGGAAGAAAGAACAGAAGAGAUAGCUCGUGGACGAGCUCGAAGAAAUGACGGGGGAGGAGGGAAAGGGUGGCGGUGGCGCCGUUGGAAAUACGAACGUUAACGCGACUGACAAUGUGAAUAAUGUUAAUGCUAACAUCAAUGCGAAUGUCAAUGUCAAUAUUAAUGCAAACACGAACGUCGUUCACCAAAAUGGCGGAACGGAGAAGGCGCCGGUCGUCGGUGGUACUAACGUUGAGACAUUGCCGCGUGCUGGAAAACAGAGUGAUCCAAGCACGUCAUUUUUGAGAGCAGCUCGCGCGGGUCAGCUCGAGAAGGUUUUGGAGUAUCUUGAAUCGGGCGUGGACAUAAACGCAUCAAAUGCUAAUGGACUGAAUGCUUUGCACCUGGCAGCUAAGGAUGGUCACUUGGAAAUUGUACGAGAACUUCUUAGUCGUGGCGCAGUAGUUGAUGCUGCUACUAAAAAGGGAAACACCGCAUUGCACAUUGCUUCUCUUGCUGGACAAGAGGAGGUUGUACAAUUGCUUGUCCAACAAGGUGCUUCUGUGAACGCACAGUCACAAAAUGGGUUCACACCGCUCUAUAUGGCUGCUCAGGAGAAUCACGACUCUGUGGUCAAGUACCUCCUCAGUAAGGGUGCCAACCAAACCCUCACUACAGAGGACGGAUUCACUCCAUUGGCGGUGGCCAUGCAACAGGGUCAUGAUAAAGUAGUAGCCGUUCUAUUGGAAAAUGAUACUCGCGGUAAAGUUCGAUUACCUGCCCUCCACAUCGCUGCUAAGAAGGAUGAUUGUAAUGCGGCUGCCCUACUUUUGCAAAAUGAUCAUAAUCCGGACGUAACUUCGAAAAGCGGUUUCACACCACUUCACAUAGCCGCACAUUAUGGCAACGAUCGAAUUGCUUCCUUACUUUAUGAUAGAGGUGCGGAUGUAAAUUUUGCUGCUAAACACAAUAUUACGCCGAUUCAUGUAGCUGCAAAAUGGGGAAAAAUUAAAAUGGUAAAUCUUCUUAUGAGUAAAGGAGCAAAUAUCGAAGCAAAAACGAGAGAUGGCCUUACUCCUCUUCAUUGUGCAGCAAGAUCAGGUCAUCAUGAGGUUGUUGAUAUACUUAUUGAAAGAGGAGCACCUAUUGGCUCUAAAACAAAGAAUGGUCUUGCACCAUUACACAUGGCUGCUCAAGGGGAUCAUGUAGAUGCCGCAAGAGUUCUACUUUAUCAUCGUGCACCUGUGGAUGAAGUAACAGUGGACUAUUUGACAGCAUUGCAUGUGGCAGCUCAUUGUGGUCACGUAAGGGUGGCCAAACUUUUACUCGAUAGAAAUGCAGAUCCUAAUGCACGCGCACUCAAUGGUUUCACACCUCUACACAUUGCGUGUAAGAAGAACAGAAUUAAAGUAGUUGAACUUCUCUUAAAACACAAAGCUAGUAUCGAAGCUACUACGGAGUCCGGAUUAACUCCGCUGCAUGUAGCAAGUUUUAUGGGAUGUAUGAACAUCGUCAUUUACUUGCUGCAACACGAAGCUAGUCCAGACAUACCGACAGUAAGAGGCGAGACGCCGUUACAUUUAGCUGCUAGAGCAAACCAGACUGAUAUUAUCAGAAUACUUCUUAGGAACGGUGCUCAAGUUGAUGCUAGAGCAAGAGAGGAGCAAACGCCGCUUCACGUUGCUUCCCGCUUAGGCAAUGUUGACAUUGUAAUGUUGCUAUUACAACACGGUGCUGGAGUUGAUGCCACAACGAAAGAUUUAUAUACUCCACUUCAUAUCGCGGCUAAAGAAGGUCAAGAAGAGGUUGCUUCAGUUUUAUUAGAAAAUGGGGCAUCACUUACUGCUACGACUAAAAAGGGUUUUACACCUUUGCAUUUGGCAGCUAAAUAUGGCAAUAUGAAUGUAGCGAGGUUGUUACUACAGAAAAAUGCACCAGUUGAUGCUCAAGGAAAGAACGGAGUAACUCCUCUUCAUGUAGCAUCGCAUUAUGACCAUCAGAAUGUAGCAUUACUUCUAUUAGAUAAGGGUGCUUCGCCACAUGCUAUGGCUAAAAAUGGCCACACGCCUUUACAUAUUGCAGCACGAAAAAAUCAGAUGGACAUUGCAACCACAUUAUUGGAAUAUGGCGCAAAAGCGAAUGCAGAAUCAAAAGCAGGAUUUACACCACUACAUUUAAGUGCACAAGAAGGACAUACUGAUAUGUCAACUUUGCUUAUUGAACACAAGGCAGACACAAAUCAUAAAGCGAAGAAUGGUCUUACGCCGUUACACUUAUGCGCACAAGAGGAUAAAGUCAAUGUUGCUUCUAUUCUCGUAAAGAAUGGUGCACAGAUUGAUGUUAAAACAAAGGCUGGUUACACACCAUUGCACGUUGCAGCUCAUUUUGGUCAGGCAGCAAUGGUACGAUUCCUUUUGCGCUCUGGUGCAACUGUUGAUAACAAUACCAAUGCUGGUUAUACGCCGUUACAUCAAGCUGCACAGCAGGGCCACACGCUGGUUAUUAAUUUACUGUUAGAAAGUAAAGCUAAGCCAAAUGCUGUAACCAAUAAUGGACAAACUGCUUUGGAUAUUGCACAAAAACUUGGCUAUAUCAGUGUUAUCGAAACUCUAAAGGUUGUAACAGAAACUAUUAUUACCACGACACAUACUAUCACUAUUGAAGAGAAAUAUAGAGUACAAGCACCUGAAUCUAUGCAAGAAACAUUCAUGAGCGACAGUGAAGAUGAAGGUGGUGGUGAUGAAAUCGGCAUAGCAGCUAUGAAUGUGUACGGGCAGCCUCCACACGCGCAACACGUGUAUCUUCCUUCUUACUACCAGGGCCAAAUGACCUAUACCCGUGAAGAUCCAAUGCUCAGCGACCAACAUCAAUACCGUUACAUGACUGUUGAUGAUAUGAAAUCUAUGGGAGACGAUUCCAUGCGUGUCAAUGUGACGGAUGAUGAGAGAGAUAAUCGACAUGCUGGAGCUCCUACAAUAACAGAAAUGAUCACCAAGGAAAAUUGUCAACGUUCAAAUGCCGCAAUUCUCAAGCCGGACAAUAUAGAUAUCAAUAGGCAUCCAGUUCACGUUGGAAUCCCACAAUGGAGAAACUUCCUGGUUUCUUUCCUGGUCGACGCACGGGGUGGUGCGAUGCGGGGAUGUAGACACAGUGGAGUUCGGGUUAUCGUGCCUCCUCGUAAAGCGGCGAUGCCGAUGCGAGUAACUUGCAGGUACCUAAGGAGAGAUAAAUUGACCAAUCCGCCUCCUUUAAUGGAAGGCGAGGCUUUAGCUAGUCGUAUUUUGGAGCUUGGACCAGUUGGUGCUAAAUUUUUAGGACCCGUUAUCAUAGAGGUGCCACAUUUUGCAUCAUUAAGAGGAAAGGAACGAGAAAUAGUUAUCUUACGUUCCGAUAAUGGAGAAACUUGGCGCGAACACACCCUGGAGGCUAGCGAGGAAGCUGUACAGGAUGUUCUUAAUGAGAGCUUUGAAGGAGAAGAAUUAAGCCAGCUAGAAGAUCUCCAAACGUCACGCAUCGUAAGGAUACUUACCGCAGAUUUUCCCCAUUAUUUCGCGGUUGUCUCUCGCAUAAGGCAAGAAGUACAUGCAGUUGGACCGGAAGGUGGUACUGUAUCUUCAUCAGCUGUUCCUCAGGUUCAAGCUGUCUUCCCACCUGCAGCUUUGACCAAAAAGAUUAGGGUUGGCUUACAGGCCCAUCCUAUACCAGCUGAAUUAGUAGCAAAACUACUAGGUAAUCGAGUCGCAGUAUCGCCCAUAGUUACGGUAGAACCACGACGGCGAAAGUUCCAUAAGCCCAUAACUUUGACUAUACCAGUACCACAAGCAGCUAAUAAAGGCAUGAUUAACCAGUACUCGGGGGAUGCACCGACUUUAAGGCUCCUGUGCAGCAUAACUGGAAUAUCGAUACUGAAGGGUCGAGGAAGAUCUCGUCUAUCGAGUCGUUCAGGGGGUCAGUCUCGGGCAGUCUGGGAGGAUGUCACAGGUUCUACACCAUUAACUUUCGUCAAGGAUUGUGUCUCUUUCACUACCACGGUAUCUGCUCGUUUUUGGCUAAUGGACUGUCGAAAUAUUUCGGAAGCGACAAAAAUGGCAACAGAAUUAUAUACCCACGCUACCCAUGUACCAUUUAUGGCUAAAUUUGUAGUCUUCGCGAAACGUAUAGAUCCUUUGGAGGCCAGGAUACGCGUAUUUUGUAUGACUGAUGAUAAAGAGGAUAAAACUCUUGAACAUCAAGAGCAUUUUACAGAAGUUGCGAAGAGUAGAGAUGUUGAAGUGUUAGAAGGUAAAACUCAAUACAUGGAAUUUACGGGUAAUCUUAUACCAGUAUUAAAAAGCGGCGAACAGCUUCAAUUACCAUUCAGAGCAUUUAAAGAAAAUAGAGUACCGUUUACUGCGCGGAUAAAAGAUCCAGAUGCAGCAGAUAUGAUGGGUCGAAUAAUGUUUAUGAGCGAGCCUAAGGUUCCUAAAGGCGAGGUGCCACAAACACCGAUAUGUACAUUGAAUAUUUUGUUACCUGAAAAGAUUUCUCCUGAACCUGCUGUUUCAGAAUUGGAUUUACUUGAAUUAUCCAAAAAUUACAGUUUUCUACGCGAUGGUGGAAUCAGUCGACCAGAUGCUAUACAUAGAGCAACUAUACGUUUAAGGGAUAUAGCGAAUUUACUAGGCAAGGACUGGGAAAAAUUAGCAGAAGAACUUAACAUUGCUUCCAACGAUGUGUCUUUGAUAAAACAGGAAUAUCCUGAUAAACCAGCUCAACAAGCGGCAGCAAUGUUCAAAGUCUGGCAAAGUAAUGGAAAUAAAGCAACGGGUAAUACCUUAGAAAAGGCGCUCAAUAAAAUUGGCCGAGAAGAUAUUGUAAACAAAUGUAUAUUUAAUGUAGAACUUGUUACUGAUGAUGUCGAAAAAGCAGUUGCAAGAGUUCAGUUAGAUCAACCAGGUUUUGACUCCUUGAAAGAGGAGUUAGGACCUUCGAGGGACACAUCUCUUCGACGCGAUGCAACUAUGGAUCCAAAAAUGGAUCCUGAUUAUGAAGAACCAGAUAGAAUGAAGGAAUCUGAAUCCAUAGAAGAGCUUAGUAACAUCAGUCGUUUGCAGGAUAAACGAUCUAAGCAGCAUGUCACAAUCGCAAAUGGCACUGUAUUCAACGGAACCUCGACCCCUGUCAAAGAUAAAUAUGCAAGUGAUGAGAAAGAAUUGGGAGAUAUGAUGGCUGAUUUCAUUGAACAUAAAUGUCACGUUACCGACACGAUGAGCAAAAAGUCACGCGAUGAGCUUGAUGACGAAGAAAAAAAGCGACAAAGAGUGAUUGCUGACGCUAAUAAAAUUGUUUCUGGUGUAAUAGCAGAGGCAGAGAAAGAAAAGGAGAAGUUAGCGAAGGAAGGGUGGUCGGUGUUUUAUGAUGAUAUGCGGGACAGUGAGAAGGUGAGAGGUGCUGUAGGGCAAACUUCAUUUGAUAAAGAGAUAGUUAAAAGUUCAGAUCAAUUCAGGGAUGCGGAAUUAGGUAUAAUUCUACAACCAAAAGUUAGAGAUGAUGUAGAACCUCUUAUAAUUAAACAAGAACGAGCAUAUGAUAGGAAAAAGGAUUCAAAAAAACAAAUUUCUUUCCCAAAACAAGCAGGACUUUUAAAGAAGGAUUUAAUAGUAGAAAAACCAGUUGUUAAAGAGAUUACAAUUAUAAAAGAUAUUAAACCCACAUUAGUUAUAACAUCCACAGAUUCUUCUACUUUACCUCAUGCUAAAAUAGAAGUUAGUGAAAAAGAGAAGAUGUAUAAAGAAGGUAAAGAAGUAGAUGAGAAGUUGUUACAAGAUGAUGGACCAUGUCAAUCUAUAAAAGACACUGAUAAAAAGAUUAAAAUGACAGAAAUAAAAACGAAUAUUAGAACGGAUGUUCCAACAAAAAGCGAAGUGGAACAAGAUGUAACAUCUAUUAUCGAUAAGCGUCUUUCUGCGUAUAAAGAUGUAUAUGAUGCUCAAAAUCCCGCAAAGAAUCUCGACGAAGAAACAACUGAUACAUCAAAAAAAGUAAAAGAUAAAAGCAGUGGUAUAUUUUCGAGUAUUUUUAAAGGCCCUAAAUUAAAGAAGGGUAAAUCUAAAGAUUCAAAAGAGACAUCUUUCGAUAGUGGAGAUGAAGAGAGUAAAACUCCUUCGCUUUCCGAUAUAGUAUCAAAACCUAUAAGUAUAUCUCAUGAUAAAGAUCCUUCAUUACAAAAAGAUUCAGAAACUGACCUAUCUGAUAUUAAACUUACAACUAUAAAUUUAUUGGAGGAUGCUAAGAAUACUGCUGCUCUCUUACAUGCACCAACAGAAUCUAAUGAAAGAAAUGGAUCAGUAACAAUUUCUGUAGAAGAUAAAAAAGGCAGAUCAUCGACCGAAGCUCAUACUAAGCCUCAAAUAGUAUCAGAAGUAAAAGAAAAAAUUACGAUCGUAGGAAUUAAAAAAGAACAUAUUAAUGGAACAACAACGAUCAAACCAAACCAGACAAUAGAUUCUCUUGAUGGUACAGACAAAAAUAUAGAGCAACAAGAUAACCAAAAACUUGAAAUAAUGUCAAAGAGUAGUCCAACUAAACAAGACAAUGUUCAAAAAUCUGACUUAAAAGAAUCAUUAAAGAAAGAAGAUAAAGAUGAUAGUGAUACAGGUACAAUUGGUAAAGAACGUGGUGGUUUAUUCGGAAUAUUUAAAAGUCCAAAAUCGAAAGAAAAAAAAACGAAUAAAAUAAAAGAUUCAUAUUUAGAUUAUAGCGAUGAAGAACUUAAAUCUACCACAGAAAAAUUCCUUGAAGAAACACGUAAAGUUGCCAACGAGGAUGUAAUUCAUGUAGGUUAUAAGACAGAGGAUACAAAAUCUCUUACUACAAGUCCAGUAACUACGUUUAGUGCUGCUACUUACGAUAGCUCUGAUGUACCAAUAGAUAAAGUUAGUAAGCAUUCAUAUGAUGUAACGGAUAAAUAUAAAUUGGAAUCAACUCCACUAGCGGAUAAGAAAUCUGAUAAAGAAACUGCAGAAGAGAGUAAGGAGAAGGGUAACUUCUUUGGGAUAUUCAAAAGUCCUAAACUAAAAUCUAAGAAAGGAACAAGAGAUCGUAGUACUUCGAAAGAGAGAUCAUUUGAUAGCGCAGAUGAAGAUUCCUAUAAUGCAGAUGUAAAAUAUACUGAACAUUCAAGUAAAUCAUCGAUUCAAAAAGAAGAAGAAAACCAGGAAUCAGGAUCAGGAGAUGAAGGGAUUAAAGAAAAAAGUGGUGGACUUUUCGGAAUGUUUAGAAGUCCCAGAUUGCAACGUAGUUCUCGAAGUAAAUCUAAAGAAAAAAGUUUACCUCCUGAAAUACCACAAAGUAAUUUUAAAGAAACAACAGCCGCAUUCUUAGAGGAUACGCGCAAUACUGCCGAAUUGAUCAGCAGUUAUCAACAAUCACCUAUAAUUUCAUCACGAAAUCAAGAAGAUUCGUUUAAAGAAAAAACUCCACCUACAAAAAAAGCAUUUGUUGAUAAGACUGAUACUGCAUCUCAAAGAGUUGUAAACGGUGUAAAAGAUAUGAAAGAUGCUGUAGCAAAAGAACUGAAAGAAGAUAUUAAAACUGUAAAAACAGCACUGGCUGUUGAUAAUGGUGCUGUUGUGGAUGGUGCCCAAUCAGCAAAAGAUAAAGCUGUGAAAGAAACUAAAAAAGCAAAGGAGAAAACAUCUGGAUUUUUCUCAGGUAUAUUCAAGGGAACUAAACAUAUAGCUGAAGACGUUUCCGAUGACGUUAAAGAUUUUGUAGUAGAAUCAAAAACUGAAGCUGUCAAAGAAGAGUCUCGUGCAAAAGAAGCAGCUUCACAAGCUGUAAAAGCUACUAAUGACGCAAAAAAUAAACUUACUACUGGUGUUAAGGAUAUGAAAGAUAAGACAAUAGCAGAAAUACAAGAUGCUAAGGAGAAAAUAGCUGUUAAUGUUAAAGAUGGAAAAGAUAAAACAGUAACUAUAACGCAGGAUAUGAAGGAGAAAAUAGUAACUGUCACUAAAGAUACAAAGGACAAAGUAGUAAUUGGAACACAGGAUAUCACUGAGAAAACAGCAGCUGGUGUAAAAAAUGCAAAAGACAAAACAGUAGAAAAAGCUGAGGAUCAUACAAAGAAAGCAGUAGCUGGUGUAAAAGAUAUCAAAGAUAAAACUGUUUCAGCGGUUACAGACGUAAACGAGAAACUUGUGCUUCAUAGCAAAAUAGCUGUUGAUAAAACAGAAACAAUAGCUCACGGAAUUGCAGAUAAUGUGAAAGAUGCAAAAGAUACUAUAGGAAAAGAAUUAAAAGAAGAUGCUGAAGUUGUAAAGGGAGCACUUACUACAGGUACUACUACAGUUAUAGAUGGCGUCCAAUCAGCAAAAGAUAAAACUGCAAAAGAAACUAAAAAAACUAAAGAUAAAACAUUGGGAUUUUUCUCAGGCAUAUUUAAAGGAGCUAAACAUGCGGUAGAAGAUAUUUCUGAUGAAGUUAAAGGGUUCUUAGAAGAAACUAAAGUCGAAAUUGAAGAAGAAGAGGCACGUGUUAAAGAAACUACUUCACAAGCUGCUAAACCUGUUGAUGAUGUAAAGAAUAGGACUACUCUUCGGGUUAAAGAUUUAAAAGAUAAAACAGCAAUAGUAGCGCAAGAAGCUAAGGAGAAAACUGUCGCUGAUGUUAAAAAUUCACAAGACAAAGUAAUAUGUGGAGCAAACGACAUUGCAGAUAAAGCAUUGACUGGAGUAAAAGAUAUUAAAGAAAAAACAAUGGAGGGAACAGAAGAUAUCACAGACGAAGCAAAAAUCAUAGUAAAAGAUACCAAAGAUACAACUGAUACAGCAGCGAUAAAGAUAGAAGAAAAAAUUUUAGAAGACGGAAAAAAACCUGUUGAAAAAAUAGAAACUGUAGCACGCGAAGUUGGGGAGAAAGUGAAAGAUACGAAGGAUGAUGUAGCAAGAGAACUGAAAGAAGAUGUCGCACUUGUAAAGGAUACGCUUUCCACUAGUGUUGAUGCUGUUGCAGAUAGUGUGCAGUCUGCGAAAGAUAAAGCUGACAAAGAAACUAAAAAAGCUAAAGACAAAACAUCUGGAUUUUUCACUGGUAUUUUUAAAGGUGCUAAGCAAACAGUUGACGAUGCAUCUGAAGAUGUAAAAGAAUUCAUGGAGAAAACAAAAACCGAAGCUGCAGAAGAAAAAGCACGUGCUAAGGGAGUUGCUUCAAGAGCUACUAAAUCUGCGGAUGAUGCAAAAGAUAAGACACUCGCUGGAAUUAAAGAGCUGAAAGAUAAAACAGUAGCAGGAGCAGAAGAUGUAAAAGACAAGACAUUAGCUGGCAUGAAAGAUGCAAAACAUAAAACUGUAGCUGCAACGGAAGAUAUCAAAGAGAAAGUAGGAUUUGGCUUAAAAGAUGCUAAAGAUAAAGUAGUAAGUAAAGUAGAUGAUAUGACACAUAAGACAGUAAUUGGUGUCAAGGAUGCAAAAGAAAAAACAGUGGAAGGAGUAGAACAGGUCACGAAGAAAACAUUAGCUGACGUAAAGGACGUCAAAGAUAAAGCAGUUGAUAUAGGAGUAUCGACAGGCGACAAAAUGAUUUCCGGUGGAAAAAAAUCUGUUGAUGUAGUAGAAACCGUAACACAUGGAGUUGUAGACAAAGCGAAAGAUACGAAGGAUGAUGUAGCAAGAGAACUGAAAGAAGAUGUCGCACUUGUAAAGGAUACGCUUUCCACUAGUGUUGAUGCUGUUGCAGAUAGUGUGCAGUCUGCGAAAGAUAAAGCUGACAAAGAAACUAAAAAAGCUAAAGACAAAACAUCUGGAUUUUUCACUGGUAUUUUUAAAGGUGCUAAGCAAACAGUUGACGAUGCAUCUGAAGAUGUAAAAGAAUUCUUGGAGAAAACAAAAACCGAAGCUGCGGAAGAAAAAGCACGUGCUAAGGGAGUUGCUUCAAGAGCUACUAAAUCUGCGGAUGAUGCAAAAGAUAAGACACUCGCUGGAAUUAAAGAGCUGAAAGAUAAAACAGUAGCAGGAGCAGAAGAUGUAAAAGACAAGACAUUAGCUGGCAUGAAAGAUGCAAAACAUAAAACUGUAGCUGCAACGGAAGAUAUCAAAGAGAAAGUAGGAUUUGGCUUAAAAGAUGCUAAAGAUAAAGUAGUAAGUAAAGUAGAUGAUAUGACACAUAAGACAGUAAUUGGUGUCAAGGAUGCAAAAGAAAAAACAGUGGAAGGAGUAGAACAGGUCACGAAGAAAACAUUAGCUGACGUAAAGGACGUCAAAGAUAAAGCAGUUGAUAUAGGAGUAUCGACAGGCGACAAAAUGAUUUCCGGUGGAAAAAAAUCUGUUGAUGUAGUAGAAACCGUAACACAUGGAGUUGUAGACAAAGCGAAAGAUACGAAGGAUGAUGUAGCAAGAGAACUGAAAGAAGAUGUCGCACUUGUAAAGGAUACGCUUUCCACUAGUGUUGAUGCUGUUGCAGAUAGUGUGCAGUCUACGAAAGAUAAAGCUGACAAAGAAACUAAAAAAGCUAAAGACAAAACAUCUGGAUUUUUCACUGGUAUUUUUAAAGGUGCUAAGCAAACAGUUGACGAUGCAUCUGAAGAUGUAAAAGAAUUCUUGGAGAAAACAAAAACCGAAGCUGCGGAAGAAAAAGCACGUGCUAAGGGAGUUGCUUCAAGAGCUACUAAAUCUGCGGAUGAUGCAAAAGAUAAGACACUCGCUGGAAUUAAAGAGCUGAAAGAUAAAACAGUAGCAGGAGCAGAAGAUGUAAAAGACAAGACAUUAGCUGGCAUGAAAGAUGCAAAACAUAAAACUGUAGCUGCAACGGAAGAUAUCAAAGAGAAAGUAGGAUUUGGCUUAAAAGAUGCUAAAGAUAAAGUAGUAAGUAAAGUAGAUGAUAUGACACAUAAGACAGUAAUUGGUGUCAAGGAUGCAAAAGAAAAAACAGUGGAAGGAGUAGAACAGGUCACGAAGAAAACAUUAGCUGACGUAAAGGACGUCAAAGAUAAAGCAGUUGAUAUAGGAGUAUCGACAGGCGACAAAAUGAUUUCCGGUGGAAAAAAAUCUGUUGAUGUAGUAGAAACCGUAACACAUGGAGUUGUAGACAAAGCGAAAGAUACGAAGGAUGAUGUAGCAAGAGAACUGAAAGAAGAUGUCGCACUUGUAAAGGAUACGCUUUCCACUAGUGUUGAUGCAGUUGCAGAUAGUGUGCAGUCUACGAAAGAUAAAGCUGACAAAGAAACUAAAAAAGCUAAAGACAAAACAUCUGGAUUUUUCACUGGUAUUUUUAAAGGUGCUAAGCAAACAGUUGACGAUGCAUCUGAAGAUGUAAAAGAAUUCUUGGAGAAAACAAAAACCGAAGCUGCGGAAGAAAAAGCAUGUGCUAAGGGAGUUGCUUCAAGAGCUACUAAAUCUUCGGAUGAUGCAAAAGAUAAGACACUCGCUGGAAUUAAAGAGCUGAAAGAUAAAACAGUAGCAGGAGCAGAAGAUGUAAAAGACAAGACAUUAGCUGGCAUGAAAGAUGCAAAACAUAAAACUGUAGCUGCAACGGAAGAUAUCAAAGAGAAAGUAGGAUUUGGCUUAAAAGAUGCUAAAGAUAAAGUAGUAAGUAAAGUAGAUGAUAUGACACAUAAGACAGUAAUUGGUGUCAAGGAUGCAAAAGAAAAAACAGUGGAAGGAGUAGAACAGGUCACGAAGGAAACAUUAGCUGACGUAAAGGACGUCAAAGAUAAAGCAGUUGAUAUAGGAGUAUCGACAGGCGACAAAAUGAUUUCCGGUGGAAAAAAAUCUGUUGAUGUAGUAGAAAGCGUAACACAUGGAGUUGUAGACAAAGCGAAAGAUACGAAGGAUGAUGUAGCAAGAGAACUGAAAGAAGAUGUCGCACUUGUAAAGGAUACGCUUUCCACUAGUGUUGAUGCUGUUGCAGAUAGUGUGCAGUCUACGAAAGAUAAAGCUGACAAAGAAACUAAAAAAGCUAAAGACAAAACAUCUGGAUUUUUCACUGGUAUUUUUAAAGGUGCUAAGCAAACAGUUGACGAUGCAUCUGAAGAUGUAAAAGAAUUCUUGGAGAAAACAAAAACCGAAGCUGCGGAAGAAAAAGCACGUGCUAAGGGAGUUGCUUCAAGAGCUACUAAAUCUUCGGAUGAUGCAAAAGAUAAGACACUCGCUGGAAUUAAAGAGCUGAAAGAUAAAACAGUAGCAGGAGCAGAAGAUGUAAAAGACAAGACAUUAGCUGGCAUGAAAGAUGCAAAACAUAAAACUGUAGCUGCAACGGAAGAUAUCAAAGAGAAAGUAGGAUUUGGCUUAAAAGAUGCUAAAGAUAAAGUAGUAAGUAAAGUAGAUGAUAUGACACAUAAGACAGUAAUUGGUGUCAAGGAUGCAAAAGAAAAAACAGUGGAAGGAGUAGAACAGGUCACGAAGGAAACAUUAGCUGACGUAAAGGACGUCAAAGAUAAAGCAGUUGAUAUAGGAGUAUCGACAGGCGACAAAAUGAUUUCCGGUGGAAAAAAAUCUGUUGAUGUAGUAGAAAGCGUAACACAUGGAGUUGUAGACAAAGCGAAAGAUACGAAGGAUGAUGUAGCAAGAGAACUGAAAGAAGAUGUCGCACUUGUAAAGGAUACGCUUUCCACUAGUGUUGAUGCUGUUGCAGAUAGUGUGCAGUCUACGAAAGAUAAAGCUGACAAAGAAACUAAAAAAGCUAAAGACAAAACAUCUGGAUUUUUCACUGGUAUUUUUAAAGGUGCUAAGCAAACAGUUGACGAUGCAUCUGAAGAUGUAAAAGAAUUCUUGGAGAAAACAAAAACCGAAGCUGCGGAAGAAAAAGCACGUGCUAAGGGAGUUGCUUCAAGAGCUACUAAAUCUGCGGAUGAUGCAAAAGAUAAGACACUCGCUGGAAUUAAAGAGCUGAAAGAUAAAACAGUAGCAGGAGCAGAAGAUGUAAAAGACAAGACAUUAGCUGGCAUGAAAGAUGCAAAACAUAAAACUGUAGUUGCAACGGAAGAUAUCAAAGAGAAAGUAGGAUUUGGCUUAGAAGAUGCUAAAGAUAAAGUAGUAAGUAAAGUAGAUGAUAUGACACAUAAGACAGUAAUUGGUGUCAAGGAUGCAAAAGAAAAAACAGUGGAAGGAGUAGAACAGGUCACGAAGAAAACAUUAGCUGACGUAAAGGACGUCAAAGAUAAAGCAGUUGAUAUAGGAGUAUCGACAGGCGACAAAAUGAUUUCCGGUGGAAAAAAAUCUGUUGAUGUCGUAGAAACCGUAACACAUGGAGUUGUAGACAAAGCUAAAGAUACGAAGGAUGAUGUAGCAAGAGAACUGAAAGAAGAUGUCGCACUUGUAAAGGAUACGCUUUCCACUAGUGUUGAUGCUGUUGCAGAUAGUGUGCAGUCUGCGAAAGAUAAAGCUGACAAAGAAACUAAAAAAGCUAAAGACAAAACAUCUGGAUUUUUCACUGGUAUUUUUAAAGGUGCUAAGCAAACAGUUGACGAUGCAUCUGAAGAUGUAAAAGAAUUCUUGGAGAAAACAAAAACCGAAGCUGCGGAAGAAAAAGCACGUGCUAAGGGAGUUGCUUCAAGAGCUACUAAAUCUGCGGAUGAUGCAAAAGAUAAGACACUCGCUGGAAUUAAAGAGCUGAAAGAUAAAACAGUAGCAGGAGCAGAAGAUGUAAAAGACAAGACAUUAGCUGGCAUGAAAGAUGCAAAACAUAAAACUGUAGCUGCAACGGAAGAUAUCAAAGAGAAAGUAGGAUUUGGCUUAAAAGAUGCUAAAGAUAAAGUAAUAAGUAAAGUAGAUGAUAUGACACAUAAGACAGUAAUUGGUGUCAAGGAUGCAAAAGAAAAAACAGUGGAAGGAGUAGAACAGGUCACGAAGAAAACAUUAGCUGACGUAAAGGACGUCAAAGAUAAAGCAGUUGAUAUAGGAGUAUCGACAGGCGACAAAAUGAUUUCCGGUGGAAAAAAAUCUGUUGAUGUCGUAGAAACCGUAACACAUGGAGUUGUAGACAAAGCUAAAGAUACGAAGGAUGAUGUAGCAAGAGAACUGAAAGAAGAUGUCGCACUUGUAAAGGAUACGCUUUCCACUAGUGUUGAUGCUGUUGCAGAUAGUGUGCAGUCUGCGAAAGAUAAAGCUGACAAAGAAACUAAAAAAGCUAAAGACAAAACAUCUGGAUUUUUCACUGGUAUUUUUAAAGGUGCUAAGCAAACAGUUGACGAUGCAUCUGAAGAUGUAAAAGAAUUCUUGGAGAAAACAAAAACCGAAGCUGCGGAAGAAAAAGCACGUGCUAAGGGAGUUGCUUCAAGAGCUACUAAAUCUGCGGAUGAUGCAAAAGAUAAGACACUCGCUGGAAUUAAAGAGCUGAAAGAUAAAACAGUAGCAGGAGCAGAAGAUGUAAAAGACAAGACAUUAGCUGGCAUGAAAGAUGCAAAACAUAAAACUGUAGCUGCAACGGAAGAUAUCAAAGAGAAAGUAGGAUUUGGCUUAAAAGAUGCUAAAGAUAAAGUAAUAAGUAAAGUAGAUGAUAUGACACAUAAGACAGUAAUUGGUGUCAAGGAUGCAAAAGAAAAAACAGUGGAAGGAGUAGAACAGGUCACGAAGAAAACAUUAGCUGACGUAAAGGACGUCAAAGAUAAAGCAGUUGAUAUAGGAGUAUCGACAGGCGACAAAAUGAUUUCCGGUGGAAAAAAAUCUGUUGAUGUAGUAGAAAGCGUAACACAUGGAGUUGUAGACAAAGCGAAAGAUACGAAGGAUGAUGUAGCAAGAGAACUGAAAGAAGAUGUCGCACUUGUAAAGGAUACGCUUUCCACUAGUGUUGAUGCUGUUGCAGAUAGUGUGCAGUCUACGAAAGAUAAAGCUGACAAAGAAACUAAAAAAGCUAAAGACAAAACAUCUGGAUUUUUCACUGGUAUUUUUAAAGGUGCUAAGCAAACAGUUGACGAUGCAUCUGAAGAUGUAAAAGAAUUCUUGGAGAAAACAAAAACCGAAGCUGCGGAAGAAAAAGCACGUGCUAAGGGAGUUGCUUCAAGAGCUACUAAAUCUGCGGAUGAUGCAAAAGAUAAGACACUCGCUGGAAUUAAAGAGCUGAAAGAUAAAACAGUAGCAGGAGCAGAAGAUGUAAAAGACAAGACAUUAGCUGGCAUGAAAGAUGCAAAACAUAAAACUGUAGUUGCAACGGAAGAUAUCAAAGAGAAAGUAGGAUUUGGCUUAGAAGAUGCUAAAGAUAAAGUAGUAAGUAAAGUAGAUGAUAUGACACAUAAGACAGUAAUUGGUGUCAAGGAUGCAAAAGAAAAAACAGUGGAAGGAGUAGAACAGGUCACGAAGAAAACAUUAGCUGACGUAAAGGACGUCAAAGAUAAAGCAGUUGAUAUAGGAGUAUCGACAGGCGACAAAAUGAUUUCCGGUGGAAAAAAAUCUGUUGAUGUCGUAGAAACCGUAACACAUGGAGUUGUAGACAAAGCUAAAGAUACGAAGGAUGAUGUAGCAAGAGAACUGAAAGAAGAUGUCGCACUUGUAAAGGAUACGCUUUCCACUAGUGUUGAUGCUGUUGCAGAUAGUGUGCAGUCUGCGAAAGAUAAAGCUGACAAAGAAACUAAAAAAGCUAAAGACAAAACAUCUGGAUUUUUCACUGGUAUUUUUAAAGGUGCUAAGCAAACAGUUGACGAUGCAUCUGAAGAUGUAAAAGAAUUCUUGGAGAAAACAAAAACCGAAGCUGCGGAAGAAAAAGCACGUGCUAAGGGAGUUGCUUCAAGAGCUACUAAAUCUGCGGAUGAUGCAAAAGAUAAGACACUCGCUGGAAUUAAAGAGCUGAAAGAUAAAACAGUAGCAGGAGCAGAAGAUGUAAAAGACAAGACAUUAGCUGGCAUGAAAGAUGCAAAACAUAAAACUGUAGCUGCAACGGAAGAUAUCAAAGAGAAAGUAGGAUUUGGCUUAAAAGAUGCUAAAGAUAAAGUAAUAAGUAAAGUAGAUGAUAUGACACAUAAGACAGUAAUUGGUGUCAAGGAUGCAAAAGAAAAAACAGUGGAAGGAGUAGAACAGGUCACGAAGAAAACAUUAGCUGACGUAAAGGACGUCAAAGAUAAAGCAGUUGAUAUAGGAGUAUCGACAGGCGACAAAAUGAUUUCCGGUGGAAAAAAAUCUGUUGAUGUCGUAGAAACCGUAACACAUGGAGUUGUAGACAAAGCUAAAGAUACGAAGGAUGAUGUAGCAAGAGAACUGAAAGAAGAUGUCGCACUUGUAAAGGAUACGCUUUCCACUAGUGUUGAUGCUGUUGCAGAUAGUGUGCAGUCUGCGAAAGAUAAAGCUGACAAAGAAACUAAAAAAGCUAAAGACAAAACAUCUGGAUUUUUCACUGGUAUUUUUAAAGGUGCUAAGCAAACAGUUGACGAUGCAUCUGAAGAUGUAAAAGAAUUCUUGGAGAAAACAAAAACCGAAGCUGCGGAAGAAAAAGCACGUGCUAAGGGAGUUGCUUCAAGAGCUACUAAAUCUGCGGAUGAUGCAAAAGAUAAGACACUCGCUGGAAUUAAAGAGCUGAAAGAUAAAACAGUAGCAGGAGCAGAAGAUGUAAAAGACAAGACAUUAGCUGGCAUGAAAGAUGCAAAACAUAAAACUGUAGCUGCAACGGAAGAUAUCAAAGAGAAAGUAGGAUUUGGCUUAAAAGAUGCUAAAGAUAAAGUAAUAAGUAAAGUAGAUGAUAUGACACAUAAGACAGUAAUUGGUGUCAAGGAUGCAAAAGAAAAAACAGUGGAAGGAGUAGAACAGGUCACGAAGAAAACAUUAGCUGACGUAAAGGACGUCAAAGAUAAAGCAGUUGAUAUAGGAGUAUCGACAGGCGACAAAAUGAUUUCCGGUGGAAAAAAAUCUGUUGAUGUAGUAGAAACCGUAACACAUGGAGUUGUAGACAAAGCGAAAGAUACGAAGGAUGAUGUAGCAAGAGAACUGAAAGAAGAUGUCGCACUUGUAAAGGAUACGCUUUCCACUAGUGUUGAUGCUGUUGCAGAUAGUGUGCAGUGUACGAAAGAUAAAGCUGACAAAGAAACUAAAAAAGCUAAAGACAAAACAUCUGGAUUUUUCACUGGUAUUUUUAAAGGUGCUAAGCAAACAGUUGACGAUGCAUCUGAAGAUGUAAAAGAAUUCUUGGAGAAAACAAAAACCGAAGCUGCGGAAGAAAAAGCACGUGCUAAGGGAGUUGCUUCAAGAGCUACUAAAUCUGCGGAUGAUGCAAAAGAUAAGACACUCGCUGGAAUUAAAGAGCUGAAAGAUAAAACAGUAGCAGGAGCAGAAGAUGUAAAAGACAAGACAUUAGCUGGCAUGAAAGAUGCAAAACAUAAAACUGUAGUUGCAACGGAAGAUAUCCAAGAGAAAGUAGGAUUUGGCUUAAAAGAUGCUAAAGAUAAAGUAGUAAGUAAAGUAGAUGAUAUGACACAUAAGACAGUAAUUGGUGUCAAGGAUGCAAAAGAAAAAACAGUGGAAGGAGUAGAACAGGUCACAAAGAAAACAUUAGCUGACGUAAAGGACGUCAAAGAUAAAGCAGUUGAUAUAGGAGUAUCGACAGGCGACAAAAUGAUUUCCGGUGGAAAAAAAUCUGUUGAUGUAGUAGAAACCGUAACACAUGGAGUUGUAGACAAAGCGAAAGAUACGAAGGAUGAUGUAGCAAGAGAACUGAAAGAAGAUGUCGCACUUGUAAAGGAUACGCUUUCCACUAGUGUUGAUGCUGUUGCAGAUAGUGUGCAGUCUGCGAAAGAUAAAGCUGACAAAGAAACUAAAAAAGCUAAAGACAAAACAUCUGGAUUUUUCUCUGGUAUUUUUAAGGGUGCUAAACAUACAGUUGAUGAUAUUUCUGAAGAUUUUAAAGACUUUUUGAACAAGACAAAAGUCGAAGCUUUGGAAGAUGAGGCACGUGCUAGAGAUGCUGCCUUACGUGCUGUUAAUUCUGUAAAUGAUAUGAAAAAUAAAACUGUCACCGGGGUCGAAAAUAUAAAAGAUGAAGCAGUAACAGGAGCACAAGAUACUAAAGACAAGAUAAUGAUUGUUGUUAAAGGUGCAAAGGAUAACAUUGUUACUACAACUCAAAAUGUCAAAGAAAAUGUAAGAUUUGGUACUGAAAAUGCUAAAGAGAAAGUAGUACAUGGAACUCGUGAAAUAAUGGAGAAAACUGUGUAUGAUGUAAAGGAUAUAAAAGGAAAAACAGUGGAAGGAGUCCAGAAUCUUACAAUAAGAACAUCAGCUGGUGUUAACGACGUCAAAGAUGAAGCUGCUUUUACAGUUUCAGAUGCAAGAGAUAAAAUUCUUUUUGAUGGAGUGAAAGCUUCUGAUAAAAUUGGAAUUACUGCUCACGAAGUUAUAGAUGGUUCGAAAGAUGCUGUAGAGAAAGAACUGAAAGAAGAUGCAGAAGUUGUAAAGGGUUCAUUCGUUCCUGCUUCUGGUGUUGCAGAUGAUGCUCAGUCAGCAAAAGAUAAAGCUAUAAAGGAAACUAAUAAAGCAAGAGACAAAGCAUCCGGAUUUUUUUCAUAUAUGAUUAAGGGAGCUAAACAUGUAGUUGAAGAUGUUUCUGAAGAUGUAAAAGAAUUCUUAGAAGAAACGAAACCUGAAGCUGCCGAAGAAAAAGUAUGUGCUAAAAUAACUACUGCACGUGCUGCUAAGACUGUAGAUGAUGCAAAGGAUAAGACUGUUACAGGCGUAAAAGGCCUGGAAAAAAAAGCAGUGUCAGGAGUACACGAUGUUGAACAAAAGAUCGUCUCCAAUGUUACAUAUGCUAAAGAUAAAAAUUUUGCUAAAAUAGAGGACAUUAAUGAGAAGAUUACUGCUGGUGUGAGUGAUGCUACAUUUAUUGUAGUAGAAGAUACACAGUUCAUUACAGAACAAGCUGUCGGUAACGUGAAAGAUACGAAAGAUAAAUCUAUUGGUGCUGCUAAAGAUAUUAAUGAAAAGACUGAAUCUAGAGUAUCUGAUAUCACACGGAAAGCGGAGGACGUUACAGUUUCUGCAAGUGAACAAAUUUUCUCUAUCGGAAAACAAAUAUCUGAUAAGAUAGAUUCGGCAGCUCAUGGACUUGUAGAUGCGAAAGAUGCGAAGGGAACAGUUUCCAAAGAAAUAGAAGAAAAAGUACAAUCUAAUAAGGAAAUUGCAACUGGUGGUAAUGCUAUUGCUGACAGUGCUAAAAUAGCGGUAGAAAAAACUUCUAAAGAGGCAAAGAAGAUUAAAGAGAAAGGAUCUGGAUUCCUAUCUGGUAUAUUUAAAAAUGCCAAGCAUACAAUAGAAGACGUUACUGAUGAUGUGAAAGAAUUUUUUGAAGAAACCAAAGCUGAAGCUAUAGCUGAAGAGGCGCGAACUAAAGAAGCUGCAGCAUAUUCAGUCAAAAUGGCAAAAGACUCAAAAAAUAAAACUGCAGAUGUUGUUGAAGAUACUAAAGCAAGGGCAGUACCUGAAGUAUCUGGCAUUGCAUGCAAAAUUACAAGUAUCAUUUCUUCUGGUAAUAAUUUCCUUCCUAGUGAAUUUGAAGAUAAUCGAAAAAUUAAUGAAAAAUUCGGAGAUAGAACGACUACAACUAUUAGUAGUGAAAUAAUUCCUUCUACAAAAGAGGUUUCUACAACAUUUUCAGAAGGUUAUAUUUUUCCUACGUCCACAGUCGAUCCAAAAUCUGGUGUGAGUACAAUUAGUUCCGUUGUUAGUAGUGGUCAGGAUUUGAUAUCACGAGAUAGAUCGAAAAAGAUUUCUCGCAUUCCACAACGUAUUAAUACUUCUCCUGAUGAUAGAACUGAACAACUAAGUACAAAUUUGGGUUCAGAUAAGGUAGUUGUGAUAUCUAGAGAAUUAGAGCACCUUGAACCUCAUACAAGGCAAUCCGUCACCACAGUCGUUACAAAGUCUGUGCGGACGGCAGCAACACCACCACCCAGUCUCGCCGAGUUCACUGACAGUAGAAUCGAAGAUGUAACAGAGGAAGCUGCUAGACGAGCACAAAACCUUGUUCAACAAACAUAUUCUGUAACAAAACCAGACCUGAAGACAUCAGAAUGCGAGAUUGAUAGAAGUUAUAUGAAAGCAGGAAAAUCAGAAAGCGAUGAACGAGACACAUGGACGCAAGCCGGAGUGGCAGAAUACUCGUCCAUUAAUAAUUCCGAGCAAUGGGAGACGCAGCUUUCUUUAGACACAUCACCUGGUUCUGGUAAUGGUGACAUUUAUACAAAAAACGAUAGUUUGCGGCACGAAUUGAACAGCGAUACAGAUAGUGACGGUUCUCCUCGGCCAAGAAGAAGAUCCCCAUGCAAGAGACGUACUUUGGGCAGUUCUAGCGGGUCGGACGUAGCAUUGCACGAAGGUGCGGAACUGUCCCCAUUGGAGGACGACCAAGGUACCACACUCACAGCUAACCUUCUAAAAUCUGACUUUUUGCAACAAAGCGAGCCAACCUUUGUAGAAACAACAACGACCGAAAUGGAUCCCUUAACGCAGGAAAGAGUAACAAGAACGAUGCAAGUAGUGACGACAACAACGACGAUACCAAUGGCAGGUGGCAUAGCUGUGACGGACGAUUUGCGGGAAUCAAUGCAGAAAAUAGUCGACCAAUUUAUGGCAGAGGAAAGGAAAGGCCAGUAAAGAUGUGAAAGAUGAGAAGCUCGAAAAAAAAUAAUAAUAAUAACAAUAAUAAUAAUAGAAAAAGAAACAGAUUCAAAAAAAAAACAGUCGUCAAAAGGAUAUAAAAUUCCUCUAAGGGAAUAAUAUUCUCUUUUGCGUUGACUUAACGAAGCAUCUGUUCGAACAAAAUACUCCAUUAAAAUUCACUAUCCAAUAAAAUAAAGCUCUUCAUUCUUGCGACGUUUCCAGAGAAAUAAACAAGGCAUAUACUAUGUAUGUAUUGUAAGACGUUAUAUCGUCACGCCGCUUAUGGCCUACGCUUCGAAUUUGCUUGCCCUUCCGUUCUAUUUCGUUGCCUUAUAUCUUUUGUGUUUGAACUGGUAAUUAUUAUUAAUAAUAUAUGUAUGUAUGUAUAUGUCGUUGCUAGUCCGACUAGCUCUCUGCUAGUCUUCACUAUGCCAACCCGUCCACGUACAACGCCUUCUCUCGUGUUGUUCAAAACAAAAUAAGGAAACGAAUUGUUUUUGCCUUCAAAUAAAAAGUUCUCAAGGCAAAUCAAAGUAUCGAUCGAACAACUAAAAAAUCAUAUUGAAAUUAAAAAACGAAACGAUGAUAAAUGCGUCUUAUUCGAAGACGUCUAUCUGAAACGAACGAUAUGCCAUGGCGAAAGCAAAUAUUAUAUUUAUAAUGUAUAAUGAAAUCUCGAUAAUAUAACGAAAUUAAACGACAGAUUUUACAUUGCGGCUUUGCUAAUUGGUCGCUGGGGAAUCUGCUUUAGCUUUAGAAUGACUGUAAUGUCUAUCUGCGCAAUACAUCGCUUAAUUAGAAUAGUAAACUUUUAUUCAUAUUUCCGACAGUGAAUUUCGCAGAUGAUCUUGUUGUCACUUGCCUCAGAAACAAAUUAAGUGCACAAUAAAUUGUAGGAUCGAUGAGUCGUUUCUGAUUCAAUUGACAACGAGAAAUGAAUGUUUUUAUUGAUCGAGGCGCAAUGUAACUGUAAUUUAUUUAAAGAAUAUUUCCUAACAAUUUUUAAUUAUAUAUAUAUAAUAAUUUCUUAGCAUAACUUAUACAAAUGUACUAUUAUACAGUUGUAAUAAUGACAAGAUUAUAACACGAAUAUUUUAUUUAUAUAGCUAAAAAAAGAAGAGAAGAAAUCAUUGGUAUAAUGUUACAUGCGUAAAUUUUGAAAUGAGAGUAAUGUUGUUGGCAAUCUGUCCAUAUGAAUUGUAUAAAAUAUAAAAAAAAAACGAGACAGCACGAUGAUUAUGAAAAAUAUAUUGUUUAAAUUUAUUAGUUUGAAUUUGUCUCAGUGAAAGUGUUAGCUUUCAAUAUACAACACAAUUAAAAAGAAAAAAAGUACAGGAAAAAAUAAUAUGUGUAUUAAAAAAAACGUUACGAAUAUGACAUUCGAUUUAUGUAUGAUACAUUGAAAGAUAUAAUUAUUACAUAUACGAAAUUUAUAACUUAUUACUUGUAAUGACUGUUAAACUACAAUUAAUAGACUUGCCUAGAGCCUAUUUGACCUAAGGACCAAAGGCACAAUCACGCGCGCAUAAAAAUGAAUGAAACGCUCCUAUGUAUUGUAACAUUUAGUGUAAUUUCACGAAUGUUGUAAUACUGGUAUUUAAACAUUCUGGGUAAAUCAAACUACGGAUUACAUCGCGAAAGAAUAACUAUUUUCCAUAAUUUAUGUGCAAAAACGCAUUAACAUCUGCUAAAAGAGAAAUGUCUCGUAAAUACAAGAGUGGUGAUUAUAAUAUAAUUACUACAAUUCGGGACGAAAAUUAAACAUAACCCUUUGACGAUAUUCGAUAUUUGGUAUUCAUUCGCGUAUGGAAAAGUUAUUAAAAAUAUUUCAACCUUUAGCGAAGAUUAUCCAAUUAUACCAGCAGAUUUUGCGCAACAGCGUAUAAUCAAAAUAAUGGUAAAAACUCCAUAAAUCGGUAAGUUAUAUUAGCAUUAGAUCAAAAGAGACAAAGUUACGUCAAAGGGUUAAUAUCUUCUACUUUGUUAUGCAUUGUUACAGUAAGUUAAAGAGACCAAUCUAUAGUAUAUCAUUAUUUCUUGUAAUAUAUCUUAUAUUACAUGAUAUAUAGGUCUAAGAAGUAUUUAAUUUUCAAUCUCGCAUUAGUAGUUUUUACAAAUCCUAUAAUUUUGUACAGUCCACUUUUUCUGAGUAACAUGACAUGCACGCAAUCAGCAACAGCCAUUUUACUCUGUGCUAUUUACAUAUGUCUUUGCUAUUUAAUAUAUCGUGUUAAGUUAUAAUAUUGUAAUGGCAUUGCACGGCAUUAUAUCAACCAAAAAGAGAAGGUAUGAAGUAUAUAGCACUGUGUGGUUGAAUUAACAAUGACAGCAUAAUAAACAAAAUGUUCUAAUGCAGUUAUAAUGUAUUACAAAAGAAGAAAAAAAAGAGUAAAGAAAGACAGAA